AAUCGCGAUGUGACCGAGCGAAGACACCCAGAAGCCCUCCGUCCUCUUCUCCCAGAGAUCCAAGAGUUUAACAAACACAAUCACUUCAACAUGUUGCAUCCUAUCCUGAGGCUUAUUGCACACAGCCUCGAGCGGCCGGAAGAUACGCUAGUGAACAACCAUGACUAUGACGCCGUCGGCGAGACAGCUGUCAGGUUCAUCAAGUACUACCCACGAACAGAGGAAGAAGAAAUCGAAACAAAGAAUGUCUGGCUGAGGGGACACACGGACUUGGGGAGCAUUACGAUUCUGUGGAGUCAGCCUGUCGCUGCACUGCAAAUUCAGACCCGCGAAGGCGAAUGGCGUUGGAUCCGUCAUCUGGAAAAUGCACUUGUAGUUGUCAACGCAGGUGAUACAAUGGAAUUCCUUUCCGGCGGGUACUACAAGGGCACGAUCCACCGCGUUGUGCAGCCCCCAGUGGACCAACGGAAUUAUACUCGCCUUGGAGUAUUCUACUUUUCCAUGCCUGACGACGAUGUCAGGUUGGUGCCGAUGGUCGAAAGCCCAGUCUUGAAGAGAGUGAGGAUUCAGAGACGUUGCGACGACAGCGAGGCACCAACUAUGGAACAAUGGAGGAAAGCGAGGUCGAGGGCUUAUGACCAUUCAAAAUUGAAGGGUGGAAAUGAGAAGGGCAUAGAAGACGAGAUCAUCGAUGGGGUGGUAGUUAAGCAUUACAACUGA